AUGGAGCGGCGGGCGCAGCAGCCCGUCGUCGCGCUACAACCAAGCAAGGACGGCGGCGGCGACUCUCCUCCUCCACCGCAACCGUUCUUGGAGGUGACGUGCAGGAGCUCCGGCAAGGUCCGGCGGUUCGCGGCAGGGACGACGGCCCGCUACGCGCUGCACGCCAUCAACCGCAAGCUCGAACCUGGGGCCCCGCUGGCGCUGCACGUCGAGGCCGUCAGGGACGGCGAAGAGCCCGUCAGCUUCAGCCCCAGCGCGGCCCUCGCCGACUACGGCCGCGGCUGGAGGCUGCAGACCGUCAGCGCGUAG